AUGGCACUAAUGAGGUUGCUGAUCAAGGAGUCAUUUGACACAAUUGCUAGAGCUCUAGGAGAGAGUGAGGAGCAUGAAAAUAUGCGAAAGGAGUUAAUGACAUAUUUGGACAAGCUCGAUGGCCUCACCCAACUACAGAAGGUGCAGGGAUUUAGGAGACUCAAUGCCACACCGUCAUAUUUGAAGAGUUUCUAUGAACUGGACGAAGGAAACAGGCUGACCCUUGUUUUUUAUCUGCUGUCAAAUUGA